CGCUGAUCACCGGGAAAUGCAAUUGCCGGUUCUCGGCUGCACUUUUCUCACGCGGUCAGAUCGUGAGGAAAGUACUGCUGAGAACCGGCAGUUGUUAGAGCAGGGAUCGGCACCAAUCAUCAGGGCACUGAUGAUCAGUGCCCUGAUGAUUGGUGCCCAGCAGUGCCACCCACAAGUUCCCCCCACCUGUUGUGCCAGUCAGUGCCCAGCAAUGCUGCUAGUCAGUGCCCAGCAGUGAUGCCAGUCAGUGCCAAUUAUCAGUGCUAUCAGCACCCAUCAUCAGUGUCGCCUAUCAGUGCCACCUAUCAG